CAGACGAAAUGGCAACACGCGCUGCUUCUUGUGUCUGUGGAUAGUGUUGUUAAUGUUAGUGCUAGUAAGAGCAGCUAGUAACGGCUGGAGCGAUCAGUGAGAUAUCGAUGGAAUAUAUUUUAUUGUUUUGAUCUACGGAACCUCAGUGAUCAAGGUAAGUUUUAAUAUGCCUUUGCUGGGAAAGAUUGUGGUGAUCAAGAGAAAUGGAGGAGAUGGCACCGAAUUCCCCCUCACUGCGUCCUGUCUUUUCGGAAGGAAGAUGGACUGUGAUAUUCGGAUUCAGCUGCCGCAGGUAUCGAAAGAGCAUUGUAAAAUUGAGCUGAAUGAGAACAAAGAGCUCAUUUUGACCAAUUUGAGCUCUGUGAACCCAACACGUAUAAAUGGACAAGUCUUUAAUCAGUCAGAACGUUUAAAGCAUGGUGAUUUAAUAACAAUCAUUGAUCGUUCUUUCAGGUUUGAGUACCCACCUCCUAAAACACCGAAGAAGAGGCUGUCUGGAAAAGACAAAACUGUUCAGGCUUUGCAAGAGCAGCAGGAAAAAGGCACACCUGUGCCUGUGGAGAAGAGGAAGUCAGAGCAUUCCUUUGACACUUGUUUAAAAGAUGGUUCAAACUUGCCACCUACUGUGGAACAAACUGCCGAGGCAGAGCCAGAAGAUGCCAAACUUAAAAAGGAAAGUAUGUCCCCUUUUUGUGAGCUCUACCAAAUGGUCAAACAAGACCUUGUUGCUAAAUCACCUUGGAGGUCAGAGCAACCCAAAACACCUCUUGCAAGGUCUCAGCGUCAUGAGGAAAGUCUCACUGCAGAUGCAAAGAGUACUCCUAAACAGCUCACAACCCCUUCUACCAAGAAGCGAAGAUCCUCAAAAUCCAGUUCUGAUGAUGCUACUAAAUCAACAACCCCUCAGAGUUCAUUUCAUACAAAUCUGGAAGAUGUUACCUCUGCAGGUGUCAAAAGUACGUCUAAACAGAUAACGCCAUCUGCCAAGAAGCGAAGGUCCUCAAAAUCCAAUUUUGAAGAAGCUACUGUACUAGCUACUCCUCAGAGCUCAGCUAAUGCAAAUCUGGAAGAGAAAUCUUCUGAUGAUGUGCAGUCUGUAGGGUGUAACACCCCGUCAAUGACAGAGAAAAGUACAACUCCUGUCUCCCAGAAGAGAACACCCUCGACAACGCCACAUAAGUUUAGUGCUGGUGAGGUAGUCAAGCAAAUUCUCUUGGAGCCACAAGCUGAGAAUACUCCCAAGUCCCCUAAAGGAAGGCGAAGUGGUGGGUCACAGGAUCAGAACCAGCCUCAGACUCCAGGCACAAAUGGUAAAACCAGUGAAGUGAAAUUGUCACCCAGAACAUCUCCAAGGUCAAAUGCUGGCAAAAGGUUUCAGGCCCAAGAUGUUCCGCAGGAGAAUAAGGCUGCAACAUCAGCUUCUAAAAACAAAGCUGACACUUCAAUUAAUGGGCAGCUUCAUGGUAUUAAAUCCCAUACAAAAGUGGUUGUCCCUCAACCAAAGAGGAAGCGAGUGUCUUUUGGUGGUCAGUUGAGUCCAGAGCUUUUUGACAAACGCCUGCCACCCGAUUCCCCCCUUCGCCGUGGAGCAACUCCAAGACGCAGUUUGGGACCUUCCCAGAAAUCCCAGUCUCUUUUACGAAGAGCAUCCACAAUUGGUCUUUUGGCUCUUCGACUUGAUGAAAUCACCACAGGGGCCCAAAAAGCUUCACCCAAACGGUCAGUGAAGACUCCAUCACCUGCCAAAAAAACGCCUAUUACCAAGGCUAAAACUCCAUCACCAAAGCAAAAAUCACCAUCUACUGUAGCCAAGGUAUCUACACCAACUCCUGCUACGCCCAAGACACCUGCAUCUGCUAGAAGAGCAUCAACUUCAGCAGUUGAAGCUGCAGGUGACAUAUCUUUAACUGGUACACCGAGAGUGCAGGGGCGGUUUUCAAUCUCUCGCAUCAGUACCCCAUCACCUGUCCAGGAGGAGAAGGCUGAAGCGUUUUUAGAUGUGCCUCAGAAAUAUGCAACACCAGAGAUACCGUUAAAGAGGCAGAGCAUGAAAUCUUCUGGCAGAAAAACUCCCAAGAGUGCACUUAAAAGUGCGCUUAAUGUGAUGCGUUCAAGGCGCAGCGGAGCAUCGCGGGCUAAUCUUAAAGUGUUGACCUCUUGGGCUGAUAUUGUGAAGUUUGGUCAGACCAAACCUCAAAUAGAAGUUGCAACUAACAAAAAACCUACAAAGAACAACGUGGUCAGGAGAACUGUUGCUCCAAAACCAAAGACACCUUUGCGGAGGCUUAAGAAUGAUGUCAGCACUGGGCAUGCAGCAUCUCCUGCAACCAUUGUCGUUGGCAAAGCCCACAUGAGAACGAACCAGUUUGUUGGUGCUGCACCUAAAAUAGUCCCCAACGUGGCACUAUCCAAGAAAGACAUGAAAAUGGAUGAGGAUUUUACAGGUGUUGCAGACAUUUUUAAGACACCAGCCAACAGCAAGUCUAAGAAGCUUCUUGUCCAGAACAAUGAUGAAUGUCCAGAGGUCCUUCCAGAUGAGAGUUCAGUGAUGAAAACACCAGAGGAAUUGGGUGAAAUGAUUGUAUCUCCCUUAAGUGUUGUCUCCACUGCCAAAUGUGGGAGAUACAACAGUGAGGCAGUAACGAGACUUCUUCUGGACAAUCAGGAUGAUAGUUUAAUGGAAGAUGAAAGUCAGACAAGUAACAAAGACAACAUUUCAGAUCUAAAAAUCCCAUCUCUUGACCAAACAGAGAAAGAGCAGGCUACCUGUGAAAUGGUAGUUGAAACCCCAAAACAGAAAGCAGCUCAAUCCUUGUGCCUAACUGGAGUCAAGCGACUGAUGAAGACACCCAAACAGAGAGCUGAACCAAUUGAGGACUUGAGAGGAAAACUUCUCAAGACACCCAAGGACCGUAAACCUUCUCAGGAAGAAAGUCUAGAAGGUAUUAAGGAACUCCUAAAGACCCCGAAAUAUAGAGGAGCUCCAGUAGAAGACAUGGUUGGAGUGAAAAGAGUGAUGCAGACCCCGAAACAGAAAAGCCACCCUGUUUUAUGUGCAACUGGUCUUCAGAGGCUUCUGAAAACACCCCAAACACCUAAAGAAAAGUCUGAGCAGCAGGAAGACCUCACUGGUGUGAAAGAACUGAUGAAAACACCGAAAGUGAAGGGAAAACCUGUGGAGAAGCUGUUUGGUCUGAAAAGAUUGGUGAAGACUCCUAGAGAAAAGAGAAAUCCAGUUGAAGAGGAUCUCACUGGUGUUCAACAACUAAUGAAAACACCCAAGCACAAAGGAGAGCUAGUUGAAGAUCAAAUGGGUAUAAAAGAGCUCAUGCAGACUCCUAUCGAGAAGUCCCCCAAGCAAAAAGGAGAACCUGUCAGCAGUCAGUCUGGCAUCAGCAGAAUGAAGACACCUAAAGUUAAAGAAGCACUGGCAGAAGAAGAUUUUACUGAUCUUAAAGAGCUUAUUGAAGAACCAGAGAGUAACUCUACCUGCACAGAAGAAAUUGUGACUCUGCCCAAUGAGGUAAAAGAGACUGUUGCAGUGAUGGACAGUGACUCUGCAGUCAUUCCAGCUGAAGAUUUUAUUAAGGAAAGUGACAAAGAAAAUGUCUGUCCAGUUGAAAUCAUGGAGAUUGAAGUUUUAAAAUCUGUGGAUCAUAUGUUUACAACUAAAGCAGUAGAAUCUGUCACUGAUACAGAGAUUGAGGCCAACAUUCCCAAAGAAAAACUCCUAGCUCAGGCUAAUGAGGAAUCUGCAUCGGUUGAAGUCAUUGAAGACCGUUUUUCUUUGAAAGAUGAGAAAAACAUUCAGCAGUCUGAAGAAGUGUGCACCUCUGCUAAUACCAGUGCAACAGUUGAAGCUAACUCAACCAUUUCUACUGCUGUGCAAGAGAAUGAAGAACCAAUGAAGUCUUCAAUUUCCAACAAAGUUCAGCAUGGCCGUCGAGGAAGAGUGGCACAAAAAAAUAAAAAUGAAGUGGCCAAAGCACCAGCUGUAUCGUCAUUAAUUGAAGAGCAUAAAAUGACUGAUCAACAGCCUUUAAGCCCUGCCAAGGGUAGGAGAGGAAGGAGAGUUCUUGAAGUUCCUGAAAUCACUGCUAGCCCAGUCAGAAAAUCAGCUCGUGGUAGAAUUACUAAGCAAAAUGAUGAAGACCAACAAGAAAAGAACAUUGAGGCUAGCCAAGUGCCAGCAGAUUCCAUGAAAAUUGAGAUCUCAGAAUGCUUGCCUGUAGUUCCCAAAACCAGGAAGGGAAGAAAAGCUAAGCAAGAUGAUGUUGAUGUCAGUACUGGUGACCAACAUUGCUCUGAUGUACCUGAAACUGAAGUGCCAAUUCAAGUCCCGGUGGUGAAACCUGGAAGAAGAAAGAUGGCUAAAACUGAAAUCAAACCUUCAUCGGAUGUUGAUGCUGCAAUUGAACCAGUUUAUGAGAUAAAUGCUAGUGUACCACAGGCUCCUGAUGGAUCUGCAACUGAAGAGGUAGUCCAAACACCAGUUGUGAAACCUGGAAGGAGAAGGAAGUUGGAAAAGACCGAAAGCAAACCUUCAUCAGAUGAUGCUGCAAUUGAACUUAUUCAUGAUGUCAGUGCUGAUGUCCCACAAGGUCCUAAUGGAUCCACAGCUGAAGAGGUGGUCCAAGCUCCUGUUGUGAAAACUGGAAGGAGAAAGAAAAUGGAUAAAUCAGAUAGACAACCUUCAGAAGAACUUGAAGAGAAAACACUCGAAAUUGUUUGCGAGAGUAAUGAUGCUGCACCAGAAGUUACUGAAACUAUCCCUGCUACUAGAGCUAGGAGGGGAAAGCCAUCCAGAAAGGAAAACCUAAAAACUGAGCCAGCUCAGAUAUUAGAUGAAGUUUUAAGCACUCCUACUGUUGCAGUGGAUGAGAAGCCACUGACAUCUGCAGCAAAAUCAGGACGAGGUAGGAAGGCUAAACAAGAAUCUGUCAAGGACCAAACUUUGGAUGAUGAAAUGGUUGAUGGACAAACUGUGGCAGUGGCAAAUGAUAUUAAAGAACCUGAAGCCCCUGUAGUAAAAUCUGGCAGAGGACGAAAGGCCAAACAGCAGAAGGCUAUCUUGGUUGAGGAGGUUGACCAACCUACUGUAGAUGCUAGCAUAGAUUUACCUGUGACAGAAGAGCAAACUGAAACUGUGGUAAAAUCUGUAAGGGGAGGUAGAAAGACAACGCAGUCAAAGGUGGCUGUUUCUGUUGAAGCUGAAGAGAAGGAUGUCAGUCUGCCUGAACAAGCAGAGGCCCCUAUUCUGAAGUCUGUCAGAAAAAGGAACGUUAUUGCAAAGGAAACUGAAAUUGAUGCAGAAGUUCCUGUCAAAAGAGGUCGUCGUGCAGUUGCAGACCCUGUACCACCAGUUGCUGUUGUGCCCAGCCGUGGACGUAAAGCAGUUGUUAAGUCACAGCCUGAGAUUACAGAGGAUGUAGCUUCACCUGAAGAGACCGUUAAGACUGUUAAAAGCACCAGACGAAGAGCAAAAGAACCCGAAACAAAGAAAGAAGAAAGUCCCUUGAUACAGACUAGUUCUGAAAUUAAUGCAGCAGUUUUGCCACUUGAUAAGGUGGAAAGAGUAAGCAGGGGAAGAAAAACAAAGGAUUCGGCUAAGGACUCUACAAUCAAUACAUCUUCCAUAACUGAGGAAGCUAAUGAAACUAAACCCUCAAAAGCUGUCAACUGGAACCCAGAUUUGGUUGCUGCUAAAGACGUUGAAGAGUUUGAACCUACAGCAGAUGUAAUAGAACCACAACUGAAGAAAUCCAGAAGAUUAUGCAAAUCACCAUCCAAGGCAUCCCCCACUGAAUCAGACCAAUCAACUGACUUGCCACUCAGAGGCCGUAGAGGGAGAGCAGCAGCAAAAAAAGAAGACCUUCUUGUUGAAGACUCUCAAGAAGAAUCUCUGAAUGUCAAGACAACGAGGAGAGGAAAGGCAGUGGCUUCCACAGCAACCAAAUCAGAGCCCAGUGAAGGUAAGGCAUCAACUCCCCUCAAAAGGAAAAGGAAUGAGGUCUUGGACAUAAAUGAGGAGUCUGUAAUUAAGGAACCUUUGCCAAAGAGAAGAGGCAGAGUAGCCAACAACGCUGAUGUUGCUGAAGAGGUCUUAAGCAAAGAAAAAAUACCUGAAGCCGAACAAGACAAGACAGAGGCCAGUUCCAAGACUGCUAAUAGAAGUGCAAGAGGACAGAAAAAGACAGCUCAACAAACAGAUCCAGCACCUGCUCAGACUCAAGAGCCUGUUUCUGGAACUAGCACUCGAAGAGGAAGAGGUGUGAAAAAAGUAGAGGAAGUGGACGUCUCUACAGUGGCAGCUCCCGUCAGGCGCACCAGGAGGAAGUAAAGCACUGAUCUUACAGAGUGGUCUUAAUAUUUUCUCUGUGAUCUCUAGUUUUAGUUUGUGUUUGUACCAUUUCUUUAUGGCUUUUUUCUAUUAAUUUUUCUGAGUAAUUUUAGCUGCUUUUUUUUUUAGAGAAGAGUGUGUAAACUAAAAUGUUUUUCAUGUUCUCUUAAACUCCUGAAAGGGGCAUUAAAAUGACAGGCGAACAUGGUUUUACUUUUAAGAAAAUAUUUUACAACUGUUUCAACUCUUGAACUGUUAACCUUUCACAGACACAUUUUAUCAUCUAUAUUCCCUUCAUGUUCUUUUCUUUUUGUACUGUAUUAAAAAUAAAAUAAUUGAGGGGUGCAAAAUCAGGCUUUUACAGUUGUUGAGCCUAAGAGUAUGUAAUGUGGCUUUCUGGUGAAUGUGUAUGUGACAUGCUUAAGUUUUCAUUAAAAAUAUCCGUCACCUCAUUUUCU